CCAUUAACCUCCAUUUGUUUCACAACCAAGGCUUAGAGCACACUUUAUUUAAACUGAAACUGGACUGAUUUUUUUUUAUUUUUUCAGUUGAAGUAUGCCUUUGACUUUUGAAACAAAUUGAAGUCAGUGGAGAGAACAGACAAAGAACAUGAACGCUGUGAUGUGUCAUUAAAUAAUUUUUUUUUCAGCAAUUAGCCUACAACAGUUGUUUGAUAAACCUACAACUCACAGUUAAAUCAGCAGACGAAAUAUCUUUUUUCUUAUUUAACCUGUACAUUGUGAGAAGUUAUUAUUGAACCGCACCAAAUAUGUUGCCAGAUUGUAAGGAACUGCCAAAAACACUGUAAGUAGUGAAUGUGGAGAUUGUGUGAAAGGGGUGGGUAAACGUAUCCUUUUGAGUCGUGGUUUAAUCAAACGCAAGAGAGCGUUAGCCAAUCAGAGUUUUUCACGGUCCCCAGUACAUGCCCCUGUUCAUCCGCUACAGCGAGACCACUGAAGAGCAGAAGUGGUGCCACGGCUACUGACGUGCACAUCUGGAGGCGUUUUGAAAAUGAGUACAACGCAAAACUUUAAAUGUUAAUUUGAUCGUGACUGUACGCUUACUUUUUAGCCAUGACGACUUGACAUAACUGUACAGCAAUAGAAAAGCGGUUCUUUGUCGCUGUAACAGCGUAAGUGCGAUUCUUUGUAUAGAUAGCUAGUUAUCGUUUUCCUUGGUGUGUUAAGCUAUCCUCACUGUAGUGUGUGUUUUGAGAGGUGGUAGGAUACGUGCGGAGAGCCAUGAGGUUAAGCUUCCUAAGUAAAGAUUUUUAGUUGAGAAGAAACACGCUUCUAUGAGGUGCAGCUCGUUUAGUUUUAGUCCGCUCAAGUGCUAUGGAAAGCCAGCAGUUGAAGGUAAAACAAAAAGAUUAAUUUGUGUGCAGAAAAUGUGUUGGAAUAUUUGUGAAUGAAAACGCAUCGCCUUGAAUACUGUACUCUGUAAAACUUCUCCUUCGUAGUAACAGGCAAAGCAGAUAGGAAAAUGACAACAUAAAUGACAAUUGAUAUUGGCAAAAUGUGUAGUACAAUUUCAAGGCUUUGGGUUUAUGCAUAAUCUACAGGAGCUUUUCAAAACAAAACCCCCAACAGAUGAUACUGUAGGCUAGAUGUUGGUGCUUUUGAGAAGCCGUCUUUCCCUGUACUUUGUGAACGUUUUAUGGCACUAACCAAAUAGUGUUUGAUCUGCCUUGAAAGAGAACAUUUGGGGUUGAGCUUAAAGAACUCAGCUUUAUUAUGUCAUUUUUUUCUAGUUAAGCUGAGGGGAAAUUUAAAAGACCUAAAAAUAAAGUCCUGGUUUCACAAAGAAUCAUUUGAACUUCCUACCGCAGAACGAGAGACAUAAAUAGUUCAGACAUGUGGAUGUAAUUUCUGAAAAAGCAGACAGAUGCAGAGAAAUAACACGAGAGCGGGCGACAGACUAUGAGCUCAGUUCGAACGUGGUAGACUACAACUCUGAAAAGAGACAGCGCCAAGAGAUUAUAUUUGUGAUUUUACAAGUCACCAUCAAUGAUGUUACAGGGAAGCAGAUGGUGGACAAUGACGGAAUCUUAGGCCAUGUUCAAGAGGACGAACACGUAAGCGAAAUCCCGUUAAAGCGACCAUCCGUCUACGUGAAGUUUAUUUCUUGAGAGGACUCCUGGACGUUCCUUUGGGCGUGUGAAGGGAUGGGAUACACGCGGCUGGUCCACAGUCUGGGCAUUCUCCUCUGUGGCUCCGUCUUAACUGUUGUCUACGGUCUGGUGGAUGCCGAUGACGUCCUUACCAAGGAAGAGCAGAUGUAUCUAUUGUUCAACGCUAGGAGAAAAUGUGAACGAGUCAUCAAGUCCAAACACAAGAUUGCUGAGGGCUUCUGCUUACCAGAGUGGGAUGGAAUUGUAUGUUGGCCAGAGGGACCUCCUGGGAGACUGGUGUCUACUUCUUGUCCUGAGUAUGUCUACGAUUUUAACCACAAAGGUCAUGCGUAUCGCCGCUGUGACCUAAAUGGAACAUGGGAGCUGGCCACCACCAACAAUAAGACGUGGGCUAAUUAUAGCGAAUGUGCCAAAUUCCUCAGCCAUUACAACCAGAACCAAGAGAGGGAGGUGUUUGAUCGACUCUAUCUAAUUUACACGGUGGGCUACUCCAUCUCACUGGGAUCCCUCAUGGUGGCCGUGGUGAUCCUGGGAUAUUUCCGUCGAUUGCAUUGCACCAGGAACUACAUCCACAUGCACCUGUUUGUGUCCUUCAUGCUGCGAGCCAUCAGCAUCUUCGUGAAAGACAUGGCACUGUAUUCUGGAGAUGUUUUUGGGGAGUUGGAGCGAGUCAGUGUGGAGGACCUGAAGUCCAUUACAGAAGCACCCCCGGGCAACAAAACCCAGUUUAUUGGCUGUAAAGUGGCUGUGACACUCUUCUUGUACUUCCUGGCUACAAAUUACUACUGGAUCCUGGUGGAGGGCCUCUAUUUACAUAGCCUCAUCUUCAUGACCUUCUUCUCCGACAGGAAGUAUCUUUGGGGAUUCACUCUGAUUGGCUGGGGUGUCCCUGCCAUGUUUGUGACGGUGUGGGCAAGCGUCAGAGCCACCCUGGCAGACACAGAGUGUUGGGAUUUAAGCGCAGGAAGUAUGAAAUGGAUUAUACAAAUUCCUAUAUUAACAGCUGUUGUGAUCAAUUUUGUGUUGUUUUUAAACAUAAUCAGAGUCCUGGCAACAAAAUUAAGAGAAACCAAUGCAGGAAGAUGUGACACCAGACAGCAAUACAGAAAAUUGUUAAAAUCCACACUGGUCCUCAUGCCCCUGUUUGGAGUUCACUACAUCAUCUUCAUGGCAAUGCCCUACACUGAGGUGUCAGGGGUGCCAUGGCAGAUACAGAUGCACUACGAGAUGCUCGUCAAUUCAUUCCAGGGAUUCUUUGUUGCCAUCAUAUAUUGCUUCUGCAAUGGAGAGGUCCAGGCUGAAAUCAAGAAGUCCUGGAGCAGGCGGACACUGGCCCUGGAUUUCAAGAGGAAGGCCAGGAGUGGCAGUAACACAUACAGUUACGGACCCAUGGUGUCACACACCAGUGUGACAAACGUGACGGCCCGGGGCCCUCUGGCCCUGCACCUCACCACGCGCCUUGGGCCAGUCACCGUCAACGGCCACCGGAACCUCCCGGGUUACGUGAAGAACGGUUCCGUCUCGGAGAACUCCGUACCGUCCUCGGGACAUGAGCUACACAUUCCAGAGGAGGAGCCUUCAAACAGUACACGGCCCAACCUGGAGGACAAACCCCCACCCGUGGUGGAGGAGGAACGGGAGACUGUCAUGUGAAUCAUAGCACUGAGGAAGUGCACAAAGACAUUUUAUUUUAAUAAAUGAAGGAUACUUUUCAUAUUCUCAAAGGUCUUUUUUUCAGGAGGAUGGCUGCAGUAUCUCUGGCAUGUUUUAAAAUCCUGUGAGUCACAAAUGUGGACUUUGUAAACCAAAGCCAGGAGCUCAAAGUGCAUGUUAUACGUUGGACAUGCUGAGUAUCGCCCUGGAGAUCCCAGACUUCUGGUGGAGUGAUUUCAGAUUUCGGAUUGGAGUGCAUUUUCCUCAAAGGUCACACACAAUGCAUAGUGACAGCCUAGAUGUCAGGGUCAGAAUCUGAAGGCGGAAAUGUCAGAAUGGAGAUGAAAGGAAAAUGUACCAGAAAGACCUCAGAGCUUCUGCAAGCCCAGUCUUACUCUGUCACAGGAAAUGGUCAUCCUGUCAUACCCAUGCGGUCGGGGGGGGGAUGCCCUUGCUUGCCCUAAAGCAGAACUCCAAUAAGCAUAAUGAGAAUCUACUGUAAUUUUACUGUAUCAGGUAUCUGGAAUAUCAAUGUCAUGAAAUGAGCAACAGUCUAAGGCCCUAUGAGAGAUGGUCCAUUUUAAUUACAAGGGGCAUUUUUCUGUUUUGGCUGAUUGUCAUGAAAAGUGAUUAACCAUGUCCAUAAUGAUCUUAAAGUUUGAAUGGUACUGACAUCAUCACCUUCUGGAAAAGAGUCCAUUAUCAAUAAUGAUAUACAUUUAUCUAUGAUAUAAUGGAUAUUAAGCGACUGUACAAUAAGACUAAAUAUACAUAUUCUUGGAGCUAAUUUCUACACCGCCUUCAUUAGUCACUAUUCAGCCCUGUUUUUCUAUUUUCUUUAUAAUCCCAGCAGUGUAAAAGCCUUCUGACACAAUAACAUGUUAUUCAGUAAUGUCAGGGAUUGUACAUUCCACCAAGAUAAUGUAGUUCACAAUAUGCAACACUGUUGUGUAAGUGAAUGAAUCUUGUGUGUUUUAGUCAUAUUCCAAGGGCCUCAUGCAAAGAGUCUUGCAUACUCUUCUUUUUUUAGCUAGGCUCAUACUAGGCUCAAGUGUGCCAUGACAAAUUCAGCAAACUCUUUGGGACUUCAGAGAAGUGCCAAAAAUGAUUUGCGCAAUACCCCGAAAUAUGUACGUGUUCACGAGAAUUGUAAAUUAGAACAAUUGGAGCCCACGGAUACCAUGUUGAGAUGUCCCACCCAAUUUGUGAGGAAGCUUCACUCAAUGCCUCUAAAUAAUCUGACAGGUUGCAGACUAAUGUACUGUACUUCUUCCCGCGUUUGGGAAAAGAUCAUAUAUACUGUUACAAUGUUUCAAAAGGGAAUUGAGAGAGAUGCAAAAGUCAAACAGUAGGAUAACAUUUCUAGGGUCAUUUACACUGUCACUUGAUGGUAGCAUCACUGAAGUCCCCAAAAGUCAGACAGCAAAUUAGAAAUUGAAACAUGACAUGACAGAGCCAGGCAGCCUACAACUGCAACAGAAGUCUAGGAGGUCACGGGAAAGUGACCAUCAGAGAGGCUACAAGCCUUUUCUAAAAAUAAAUGUUAUACUCACACAUUUUUUGAUUAUGUCAUUUAAUUGUAGAUAUGAAAAUAUCAUUGUACGGUUGAAUACUUUAAUUUCUGCAGGCAACAAAAAUGUCCUCCAAGUAAUGAAAUCGAUGGUAUCCAAUCUACUGUGUAUAACUCAAUAAUAUGACAGGUCUGGACGGCUUGUGAUUUUUGGAAAAAAAAUAAAUAAAUGGUAACUGGUGAAGGUGUCAAAGACUACAACACAGUUGCACCCGUUACUGAAAAUCAAGUAUGAUUGUACAAAUGGUUCUUGCAUGAGGCCCAGUGUGCUUUGUUUCUAAACAUUUGUCACAGGUAAUUAAGCUGUUGCUGAAAUGAAUGUACUCAUCUAGUUUAAGUCCCCAGUUCAAAAUACUAACAGAGUUGGUGUAUGGAGAGUAGAGAUGUCAGCACCAACUCCGAUGUGCAUUUAAUUGAGUUUGGCUUCCAUGGUGUAGGAAAUUGAAUUCCGAAUGAAAAAUAAACAUAUGUCAGACUCAAAUAUCAACUGCUCUAAUUACACAUGAUAGAAAGUAAUUUUGGCUUUGAACAACGUUUUUGGUAUUCCUGAAUGCUACAAUGUGUUUUGUCAGAAAAUAGCAUAAAAAGGUUAAAUCCAGACUGUAACUUUUAUUAUUUCCUAACUGAACAUAAUUGUAAGCUUAGGUUCAAGCAAAAUCAGAGGAAUCAUGAUGAAUCUGCUCAAGGUUGUGCUUUUAAAUUCUGUGUGCAAACAUCUCUUCAUGUUAAGAAUUGUCUCAAUUGCAGUCCCUUGUUAUGUUUGGUGUAAAGAAUUUGUCAUAAUUUAAUGUAACAUAAUUUAAAAUGAAUCAUAAAUUUAAAAAAUGAUGUAAUUUAGCUCACAUACUGUUGAAUAUGGUUCAGUAUUAUUGCUGCUUAUCUCAUGUAUGUAUGUAUGUAUAGAUAUUCAGUAUAUAUGUGUACACAGAAGUCACAAUGUUUACAAAGGCUAGUUUUGAGCUAAAUGAGCAUCAGUGUUCUGCAAACAUUUUGUAAUGUGAUGUAACUAUGAAGGGACAGUAUUUAGUUUUGUAUCAGGGAUGUGCUUCAACAUGCUUUUGAGACUUUGGUCAACUUCUUGAUUGAGUUUCUUGAAAUCGUGUUAAGGUGCUACAACCAUCAUUUAGGCAACAGAGAGAAUAUCAUAUUGAAUCUCCUGUCUCUUACUUUUGAUGGGUGUGACACUACUUCUUUUGGAAACCUGGCCCUAGAUUUCCAUGUAAAUGACAUUUUACUGCAUUUUGUUUUGUUGAAUCCCAUUGUAUCAUUGCUUUACCAUCUUUUACUAUAUUUGCCAUGCUCUUUAACUUUUUUAUAUUUAAGAUAUUUAUACGAAUGUCCUCUCCUUGGCUUACUGAAAAUGUUUGAUAGGCUUAGAGGUAGUGUACAUUCCACUGCAGCAUAGGCAGGAUCACAGAAGAAACGCUAGUUUCACCUAAGUGUUGACAAAAUGCCAUUGUUACUACGAUGGUUUGGGCUCAGUAGUGCAUAGCAAUUCAUCCCGACAGAACUGUGUCCAAAUACAAAACAGUGUCAUUACCAAAGUUUAUGGACAUCGUCUUCAUCUAAUGUCUCAUGGCUAACACCUUACCUUACCUGAAACUUGCUAAUUAAAAAGUGGAAUUGUCCAGGACAUUUUACCAUUAGCCAUAUAAGCACUUUAAAAUUCAUACUUGUUCUUUUUUUAUCAGUAUUUACUUUCCAACACAGAUGAUUGACACAUUCCCCAUCAUGCUGAUUUGUCCAGGUAUCUAAAAGCUGAUGCUUGCAUUUCCUUCACAAAGAUCCCUCACCUGCAAUCAUGAAUCUCUUGACAAACGUAAAUCAAACAUGUAUGAUUUUUCCAGUUUUUCAGAAAUGGUUUAUUUUGUAUUAUUCGUUAAUGAAGAGAUACAGCAUACGCUGUUCCUCCAACUGUCCUUAUUGCUUGUUGAUAUGCCAAUGUAAACAUGUGGUGGAAAUCAGCCAAGCAGACAUUGCUGCAAAGAAAACUCUAGAGCUUAGCUGCCAUGUGGUUUGAUUGAAGUCCACUGUCUGGUUUUAUAAGAAUAUAUUGACAUAUAAAGUGUACAUCAUUGUAUUGUGAAUAAUGAAAUAAAUGAAAAUUAACCUGAAUACCUUAAAUGUCAUAUUGUCAUCUUACUUGUGUAGAAUUUAUUAUGCUAAUUCUGAAUGUAGUAUACAUAAAGGCAUCAACCAUGAAAUGCCCCUUUUCCUCUUUACUCUAAACUAAAUGCCCCUCCCCCUCUUUACUCUAAACUAAAUGCCCCUCUUCCUCUUUACUCUAAACUAAAUGCCCCUCUUCCUCUUUACUCUAAACUAAAUGCCCCUCUUCCUCUUUACUCUAAACUAAACUGAACUGUGGACAAGCACACCAGUAAUGCUCCCAAUGCCCCUAACAUUCUGAAAAUGAGUACAUCACUCUUGAUACAGAUGCUCUGUAAUAUAGCAACAAUUUGAUUUGAAAUGGAAGAGGUUUAUUAUUGUCAUACAAUAAAAUACAAAUUUCUUUAUAAAAAAUUAAAAAUAUGAUCAUAUAAAAUGUUUACUAAAAGUUUAGCACAUUUUGUGACGGUGAGGGUCAGUUCACUUUUUUGCCGGCGGUUUCUUCCCUCCGCCCUUAGCUCCGCCUUUAGCCUCGCCCCCUUUCUCUCCAGAUUUCUUUGCCUUUCCUUCAUCCCCACCUUCUUUCUUUGCUCCAGAUUUGUCGCCUUUUUUCUUGCCCGAUUCUUCUUGCUCUUCACCUUUCCCCUCUUUUGCAGCUUUCCCCUCUUUAUCUUUUUCCUUUUUCUUGUCCCCCUUCUUGCCGUCCACUUUCCCAGCCACUGUGGGCACCUCUUUUUUGACUUCAGCUACUGCCACUACAAAAAAAUAAGAGAAGAAUGUGUUAUUUUUUGCCCUCCUGUAUACUCUUAAUUUUAUCAUAUACAUUUAAUGUGUAUUCAUUGUACGUUUAUAUCUAUAUAUUUGAUGUCACACAGAUCAUGCCUAAAAGAGACAGACUAGGUUUACAUGAAUAUCUCAGG